AUUCAACCUUUCAACCUGUCCCCCAAACAAAGGAACAUAACCAUAUAAUUUGGUAAAGCCCAAAACCGGCCUCGGUGUCCCGCUGUUCUAAGCCGGCGCCAGACGGUGCAAGGCUCUGCCAUUGUAAAAAUUUAAAAAAAAAAAAUCCCCCCCCAAAGAAAAAUCUCCCCUCAAUCUUCUUGUUUUUUCUAUUCUCGGAUAUCGCAUCAUACAGGCGUUGGAAUAAAUAUUCAAAUUUGGAGUCAAAAGGGCAUAUACAUAUACCACGGCAGCGGCUUUUUACUUUUAUUAUAUCCUGAGCAAUUUCAAUUAUUUCGGAUUUCAGAUUCAGAUUUCAGAUUUCAGAUUUCGGCUCUCAAACUUUUAUUUCUUCGACUCGAUACCCUCGACUCAGCAAUCUGACUGGAUUGCAUACAAUUCAAGAACUCUAUUCAUCUUGAGGAGUGGUUCUUUUCCCUUCGUGUUUGUUAGUGACGACUCAUUGACCGUCGUCCAACUUUACUCUUCCUCUUACUCAAACCAAUAUCUCUUAAGCUCGACCCAUCUCUCUUCAAGAUGAUUAUCGACGGAGAAAAGUGGGCUUGUGAUGCUUGCGUCAGAGGUCAUCGUGUUAGCAAUUGUCAUCAUUCAGAAAGACCUCUGCAACACAUCAAUAAAAAGGUAUACCAAUUGUACUUUGUUGUGCCAAUCUUGCUAAUGAGAACUGGUGUAGGGUCGUCCCGUCUCACAAUGUGCCCACUGUCGAACAAUGCGCAAAUCGAGAGCAGCACACGUUCGAUGCGAAUGCGGUUCAGAAAAAGCACAUUCAAAAGGAUCCUGUCCGGAAAAUGGAGAUACGCAGGGUGAGCUUUUACGGGAGGCCUCUGGCACGGCGAUCCCAUUUUCUGACAUAAUUGUAGCAGAUACCUGUUGUUGCAGCCAUGGUGCCCGAUGCACAUGCGCUUUAAAAAGUGAUCACCUCGCUCCUGUACCCGAGUCCGACUCUGAUGAAACCCCUUCGAUGUCUAUACCAGUAUCCAAACCAAGACGGCCCCGUGCGCACACUGCCCAAUCGGAAAACAAUUUAACAAUAUUUACGAAUGGUCACCACAAGCCUGUACAUAAGAAUAACAAUAUGGCUCAUAAAUGCGGCCUACCAUACACUGUUCCUCGAGCACAUUCUAUUCAUGGCCAAUCGUCAUCGAGUCUCGCCAAUAGGUCUGUCGAUAACCUACCACACACGAACACCGUCGAUGCUCUACAUAGUGAAUCCCAUAUCAAAGACUCUAUAGUGAGUGCUCAACAGGAGCAGCGAAUGGUCAAGUCCGAACAUGCAUCGCCACUCGUUAGUCCUAUGUCGAAUUUUCAGCAGAUGAAUGGUCAGCUGCCGCCUCUGGACUUGACAAAUAUGCCCCCGGAAUACAAUAACUUAUAUCAAUUUGAUGCAUAUGGAGGGGCGAUUUCGGAUGUCGAACAACCUAUCUUCUCUGCCGGAAUCAGUUCCGCUUCCAUCGAUUGGUCUCAUUAUGAUGGAUUAGAUUUCAACAAUAACAAUGACAAUUUCGCAGCCUCUUCCUACAGUCAAGCAGCAUCAUUCAACGGGUUUGACUUUUCUAGUAUUGAUCAACCAGCCUUAACCAGUACAUCGACCUCCGGCGAACAAUCCGAAGUGGAGGAUUUUAUUGGUGUUUCGGAUACUUCUAGGCCAGCAUUGAUGAACAAUCAAUACGGAUCUGAUCUCGAUACAUCGGAAUUUGGCGGAGAAAUUGAUAGAUACAGAUUAAGUACGGCAUCAUCUUAUAUCGACAUUUCACAGAUGCAGAUGCUUGCGAGCAAUGAUGUCGAAACUCUUGGACUCGAGGAAUUCAUGAAAGGAAGCCCUAGUGGAUAUUUACCUAUAUCACCUUCAAAUCACGGCCUACCUAUGACAACAUAUUCAACUGAGAUUAAGAAUAAUCAACCAUUACCGUUCGAUGAAAAUAGUUCUUUCAUGCCUAUUACAGCAGAAGAAACGGAAGCUUUUUGGAUGCCCGAUUUUACGGCCACAAAUAACAUCGCCAUCAACAAUGAGAAUGGGAGAAAUGAGGAGAAUCUCUGGGGACAAUAACACCAGUGGAAAGGCAAAUGGCCUCUGUGCGAAUCUUUGAUCUCUGGAUAUCGAUACGGAUGACUUACGAUGAUCCCUUCCCCUAAAGUUCAAAUACAGACUGGCGGCAAGAGCGUUUGGCACAAGAAGUGCAGCAUUUCCAGGUGGCAUUAUAUUUUAUAGACUUCUCUUGUGAAUAGCGACAAAUGACUUACAUGAACCAA